CUGGAUCAAAUGUCGUGAAUAUCCUCGCUCGCUCGUGCUUCCAACCGCUGAUGAUAAGAGCAUAACACGAGACGGGUUAGCCAGGAGAGCGGUUAUCAUGGAGGUCUACUGCUGUUCCCGUGCUAAGAGACACUGGAGGCUUUUUUCCUUUCUUUUGAGAUUUCUAGCUCUGCUUAUGUUUCUUGGUACAGCUGAUGGUCAAACUCGAUCGUGUUACCGAGAUAGGGAUCGAAAACUUCCCGUACGCUGCAUGCCUGAAUUUGAAAAUGCUGCCUAUUCCAAACCAGUUGAAUCUAACAAUACUUGUGGGAUUCCGCCAAGCGAAUUUUGCGUGCAAACGGGGGUUACUUCGCCAACAAAGGAAUGCACAUUCUGCAAUGCCUCGGAUCCGCUGCUCCGUCAUCCCGCAGAUUACAUUACGGACAUCAAGAACGAUCAAAACAGAACGUGGUGGCAAUCGGAGACAUUACUUGUCAAUAAUCCAUUCAAACCCGUAACUCUAACGAUUGAUCUCGGCAAGAGCUAUGAUGUUUCCUACAUCAGAAUUCGUUUUCGAUCACCGAGGCCUGAAUCAAUGGCAAUUUACAAGCGAACAAGCACUGAUCCUAAAGAGCCGUGGACCCCAUAUCAAUAUUUUUCUGAUUCGUGUAAGAAAACUUACAACGUGGGACCUAUGCAGAUCGUUUCCCCAGAAAAUCAACAAGUGGCUUUAUGCACGGAUGAAUUCAGCAGUAUUUCGCCUCUAACUGGAGGAAAUGUUGCUUUCACCACGCUGGAAGGCCGACCAGAUAAUUUAAACUUUGAUAAUAGCCCCGCGCUACAAGAAUGGGUUACUACGAGCGCAAUCCGUAUCGAUUUGGAUAAAAUGAAUACAUUCGGAGACGAAGUAUUUGGAGAUGCUAAUGUUUUACGUAGUUACUACUUUGCUAUUAUAGAUUUAGCUGUCGGUGGACGCUGCAAAUGCAAUGGUCAUGCCGCAAAUUGCGAGAAGAAACAGCUUCCAAGUGGUAAGAUGGAGCUGCGAUGUGUUUGCCAACAUAAUACAGCGGGUGUUGACUGCCAGGAAUGCAAACCACUUUACAACGAUCGCCCAUGGGCCAGGGCCACCAAGGAUAACGCCAAUGUGUGUCGCAGUAAGUUCUGAAGUUUUUUUUAUUCUAGAUACUUAUUAUUGGGUGUUUUUGUUAAUGCAUACAUUCUUAAAUGUUGUUUGAGUUCUCUCUAGCGCGCCAUCAGUUCCCCUCCGGGUUGUCAAUUUCCUACUGAGCUCUCUUGUAGACGGACGCUAUUCACGUGUGUUCAGACAGGCCGAUCAAUUUUCAAAGGCACUCUAAAAGGUUCAUAGAAGUUUUACUCCAUUAAAGUAUUUGUUUUAUGCCUGUUUGACCCAUUCCAGGCCAGCCUAGAGCUAAAAUAAGGCAAAUUGCUGCCUUGAGAAGUUGAACUUCAAGUUCGCCACCGGAAGUUGGUCAUUUACCGGUCUCCGUACGUGUUUCGUGACAGGGUGGAGAAACCUCAAAGACACUUUGAUCCGAUGGAAUGUAGGAAUCCAGAUUUAUGUGUCCAUGUUUACUUUUAUUUAAAUAGAUAACUUCGUAUAUCUGGAAAAGAUAAGCUGAUACUACAAUCCUUGGCUUAUGAAGCUAGCUAUAAGCUUACUAAUUUACGGUUGUUGUCAUAAAUGUGCUCGAAACUGUAAGGAAAUACCCCGAUUACCUUAUCGAUUUACGGACUUAUCGAGUUUUAUACUCUUUCUGCGAAAAUCAAAGAUAAAAAUCGGCUAUAAAACGGCUAAAGAAAGUGUUAAAUACACAAUAUGUUUAACUUAAUAUACAGACACGCUCAAGACGGCGUACUUGAUUAGCUCCAAGCUGGUCCGGCAGUCUCCGUGUCCUUUGUAGAGCAGACAGAUCAGACAAGUUGGCAUGAUAAAUGUGUACAUCUGGUAGAGUUGGUCGCUUUUCAUUGCUUCUUUGCAAUAAAGAGGCUGUUUAAAUUGUGAAGGGAAGCUGCAUGUGUGAACCUUUUGAUUAUUAGAUCAUUAUGUAGGUAGGGGUUUGUUUAACAUAUUGUACUAACCACAAACUGCUUGCAACUUGAUACAGGAAGUUACUUGUCCUAGAUGAUCCUCUUCAAAGUUAGAUGAUUUGUAAAAUCUAACCCCAUGGAAAGAAAAAGCCUCCUCAUUAUUAUUUGCCCAUACUUUAUACAAAAAAUUACUAAACCAAAGAGAAAAAAAUAGUGAUUGGCUUGUGUUUUUGUGGCUUGCUUGAUUUUUCUCACAGGGGUGGCAGAUUUUUUUAAGGUCAUACAAAAUUUGAUUUAAGUGCUGUCUCGGUGGGUCUCAUUUUUUCCCCUUUUUAAUCUUUGUCUCUGUCUAGCAUUUUUGAAGGUAACAAAAAAUAAUUAGUGUCCCCAGAAAAAAACAAUGUUAGUCCUAUAAUUCAUAAAGGCUGGCGUCAGUUGAGGAUUUUUGCGCCCCCCUGUGAGUGAUUUGCUGUAAAAACCCAUGAGUGAAAAGAAUUCUCUUGAAAGUGCACUCAUCUUGCCCAACCUAAGAGCAAAAAUAAGAAGCUUAGAGACUAGAAUUUGGAAGAAUUUUGGAGUUGGUUUUGGUGCCAUUUAGGGCGUGUUUGAUUGAUGGUGUUCCUGAGUGAAACUCUGUCUGUUUAUAUAACUGUUGAUAGUCUUCAGUUAGAAUUUUAUUUCUUUAAUUUGUUGAAGUGAAUUUAAGCUGUAGUUACCCACAAUGAGUGUUUGUUUGGUUUCAGUGCUGCAUGAAUAUACUUGUAUACUGCUCCAAAUAAAAGUCUCUUGUGUGGAAUGUAAACAUUAUUGUGCAUUUUUAUCAGUUUUCCAGGCUUUGGAAAACUCUCAUCAACGUCAUGCACAUUAAAAGGUUAACCUAAGAACAAUGCUAACCUUUUGUGUUUGGUUUGUAAAUAGUAAAAACAACUGUCAUAAAAAUAUUAUGAAAUCAAGUUUCUCUGUGUAACGCCCAAGUUUGUGUUAUCCUUAAUUACAUUUUUGGUUAACAUCACUCUAAUGGCAAGCGCCAAAUUUUAUAAAGCAGGUAACUAUGAACCAGAAUAACUCAAAACUAUAAUACGUCAUUUUCUGGAGUGUGCUAUAAAUGACACCUGAAACAAACAUACAAGGCUUUACAGAUUAAGACUGGGAGGUGACCAAAACAAAACAAAAAUAAUACUUUCAAUUUUUUUAUAGCUCACAUUGCAUCUUUCACUGCAUAAGCUUUUGUAAGAUAUCAUCUUGAGCAGUUAAGUACAAAGGGAAAAGGUUCCAAAGUUUUAAAACUGAAUCUUAUAGUGGUCAUAGACUGCAAGUAGUUACACACACCUUAUUUUCAGGGUCAGGGUUAGUGAAGGAAGCAAAAUUUAUCAACUCUGCAAAAAUUCCCACCCACGUAGAAUGGUGACCAAGUCUUAUGUGAGAGAGAGAAAGGAUUUGUGCCUUAGUUGUACGGAUUUUUCAAUUAUAUUUUCAGUAAAGAUGGAAAUGUCCUAUAAAUUAAUGAAUAUUCUUUACAUUAUGAUGCGUUAUUCUGUCUCAAACUUAAAGAGGGAACCCUUAUCCACGUCAAGGUAAUACUCCUGCUUAUAUCACUUAAAGGGUUUACCUGGAAAAAUCCGCAGUGAUGUCUGAUAAACUACUAUUAUUCUCUUCUAAUUUGGUUUGGUUAUGCUUUUUAAUCAAAGGGAGAACUUUAUAUUACUUCAGGAGUCCUUUGAUGCAUUCCUCUACUUGCAGAUUAUUUUCCCGUUCGUGCUUGUUUCACAAAGUAGUUCAAUCAGAUCUGCUCGAACCUAAGCAGCUCUGAACCAAAAAACUCAGGCUAUAAGGCUGACAUUUAUAUUUGUAUUAUUGUUGGGCAUAACCAAUUCUUUUUUUUUUGACUGAUAACACAACCUAGCAUGACACAUUUAUUGUUGUACUACAGCUGUGUUGUAACUUAAUGUAAUAAGCUGUUGAAUCUCGAUGUUGCAUAAUCCAAGAAAACACAUGCAAUUUCUUGAAGGUGCGGUGUGUAUGACUUUACAUUGUGGUUUACUUGAUUAUAAGAAUGCAGGUCAUUUCUUAAAACAGGGAGCAAUUCCUUUUGCUAUUUAUUUUAAUUUUUGGAAUUGGUAUGUUUUUCUCAUCAUGUUCCCUUGAAGUGUUAAAACAAACAGUAUUUUUAAUUAAUUCCAGAAACAUUAAGUAGAAAACUCUGUGGGAAUCAGACAGGAAUGUUGAUAUGAUAUUUAUAAUUGGUUUACAUAACAAUAAUGAUUAUAUAUACAAGGUAAUAUACAAUUUUGUGUUUGAAAAAAUUCCUGAUUGAAUUAAUAACCUUGUUGAUGUAAAGCAGCCCAGACAAAAGAGAUUAAUUUUAGCAGUCCAGCUUUAUUUCAUGACUGUAAAGCUGAUUAACAAAUAUGUUAAGAGACUGAUGUUAAAAUAUGAAGCAAAUUAAUUCAUGUACAAUCGUCUGCAUCGUCCAAGUAAAUGUACAUGUACUGUAAUUUUCAGCUUUCCAUCACUGCUUUAGCUUUUUGAAUUUCUUCUGACAUACCUUUCAUCAUAUUAAUUAAAAACACUUGUUACUGGCUAUAGUCUUAGAAGUAGAAGUGUUAUACCUUGUCCUACAUUUUUAUGUUUUGGUUAAAGCUAAGCAUGACCUUUCAUAUUUUUACAAUAUUCAGCAACAACAACAAAUUUAUUUUACAUCAAAAUAGAUUACAAGGGAUAAUAAAAAUGAAAAGGAAAAAGGAAAUAUUUGACCCAACCCACAGGUAGCUUUAAUAACCUAAUUGAGGAAGAAGAAAGAAAAAUGAGACGUAAUAAUGAUAUGUAGAGAACAAAAUGUGAAGUUUAAAUUGAUACCCUGCACACAAUAGAUUCACAAAAAAUGGCUUAUGAGCUGAUGCCUAAAACAAAAAGGUGCAUAAUUACACUCUAUUAUCAGAGAAAUAUGCCCUUAGUGUUAGCCAAUCCCUUGCUAAUUGUCCAUAAACCACUCCAAAAAGGUGCCAAAGGGUUAAGGUUAUAGAAAAUGGUGCUAAUAUGUAAAUCAAAAUCAAGAAUCUUAACUUGUGGCAGACCUAAACUGCUGAGUCAAUUUGUCUCCAGCAGUUAUGUAUUAUAAUAAUUAAAUUUUAAUUUAGUAAACAUCUGGUUUUUAAUUUUUUUUUUCUCAGAAUGUGACUGCAACAAUCUAGCUGACACCUGUGUGUAUGAUGAACAGCUUGGACAUGGAAGAUGCCUCAACUGCAAGAGAAACACUGCUGGGCCAAAAUGUGAACGUUGCCGUGACAACUUUUUCCGUCGGACACCUUCAGGUGACUGUCAGCCAUGUAACUGUAAUGAGGUUGGUUCUGCCUCGUUGCAGUGUAAUUCUACAGGGCAGUGUGUAUGCAAGCCGGGUGUCACUGGUGUCAAGUGUGACAAGUGCCAGGCGGAUAACUUUGGAUUUUCGCAGACUGGUUGUCGGUAAGUCACUAACAAAGUGAAUUUUUCUUCCAGCUCAGUUGUAGAGCUGUAUUGCUAACCUCCUCUACUUACAGACAGGUUUCAUACAGAUCGUCUUGAAUUCUUGAAAAAGUUUUGAAAUUUGCUAAUCAGUUUUCCUUUCCAUAUCUAUUUCCAUGCACAAACUAAUGAUCAGUCUUGUUGCUGGUUGUUCAAGGGGCAUUAUCUGGCCAUUUGGUUAUCCAUGCUCAUCCAGUGAAUAGUGAUUUUGGCAAUUAGAUAAGGAGGAACUCUAAGGUGCAAUAAUUAUGGCAGAUAAUGAUUAUCCGACGUACCUUCGGGAGCAGUUUCAUAGAACCUCUGAAAUUCAUGACUAUAAUUUGAGGGGUUCUAACUAUGAUCUCGAACUACCACUACCUAAAACAAAUUUUCUCAAGCGCUCAUUUUCUUAUCGGGGUGCAAUUGCUUGGAACCAACUGUAAAAUGAAACACGUGAGAUGGGGGAUCUUACGAGCUUUAAACUCGCCAUAUCUUAGGAUAUAACUUUUAUCAUGUUUUUAUCUUAUUUCUAAUACUUAUUUCUUGCUGUUAUAUUGUAUUGUUAGUUAAUCACUAGUCUUAAUUUUUAUAAAUUGUAAUUAUCACACAGCAUGUCUGAAAACCAGCUUGCUGAGCCAUUUACCGUGUUUAAAUAAAGUUGAUUGGUUGAUUGAUUGAUUGAUUGAUAUCCCACGUAAGACAAACAUUCAUUCAUCUGAUACAUUCUUUAUAAAAAUGCUGGUGUAAGUAGUUAACUGAAUUAAAUUUCUACCCUGCUUGCUAUAGAGCCUCCUUAUUGCUCAGUCAGCUUAGAGCAUCCAGACUAGAACACGGAGGGUUGUGAGUUCGAUACGCAGAAUUUUGUCUGAGCUUUCUGGUGUUAGCAUUCUCCUUCUUCCAAAUUCUUGUAUUUGACUAAUAAGCCAGUCUUGAACAGAACAUUUUCAGCUGCUCCACUAGAAGAAGCUCGGUCCACACAUCAGUUUUGCAGAGAUUGUUGUGGCAUAAAUCCAAUGUUGACAAGAUUCCUCCACAUCAACAGUUUCUUUGAGUAUAUAUCUUGAUCCAGCAAGAGACAUUAUGUUUCUCCCUUUAUUUGUUCAUUAUAUUCAUUUUCUUCAAGGUUAUUUAUAGUGAUAAAGUUUUUCAAACUUAAGGACAUGAGAUCUUCCAAUCUCCCUUGACAUUUCUUUCUUCUAAUUCAUCAGUCAAUUCCAGCUGCCCCCAGCUCCCUCCCCACCCAGCUGGAAUUGACUGAUGCAUAAGCAGCUUUGAAUCAUUUUAUUCAGCUGAUUGAUGGGGAUUCCACAUAUCCCAUAAUUAUAUUCCAUAUAUUGUUUGAACCUACAUCUGUGUCACAAUUUUGUCACACCAAAAAGUGCCUGAUUGUUGACCUUAAAAGUAUUUUUCCUUUGUUGUUUUAGGCCCUGCCAGUGCUCCCCUGAAGGAAGUGACCCUAGUAACACACAGUGCAAUGAAAAGGGCGAGUGUUCUUGCAAAAGGAAUGUCAUUGGUGCCAAGUGUUCUCAGUGUAAUACUGGCUUCUAUGGCUUGGAAAGCUCGAACCCACAUGGUUGCAAACAGUGUUUCUGUUACGGUCACACUGGCGUUUGUAGAGUAGCCAAUGGUUAUACUGGACGCAACAUUUCUAAUCAAUUCACGUCAGGCUUAGAGGGCUGGAUGGUUGUGAAUGAACAAGGUACAUUUUGCUCUCUGUUCUGUUAAACCUGUUGUUUUCAGAAAUACAAUCUAAGCAGCCGGGUGAAUAGGUACAUGGAGGAAGCAUCAACAAGUGUUAUUAAUUUUUGUGAAACUAAUGAUGAAUAGGACUAUUUUAUAAUAGGCAAGAACAUAACAUGUUUUUUAAAGCUCUUAAUUUUUUUGAAAAUGAAGAGUAGUGAUUCACAGCAGUUACAAAGCAACAUGAGUAUCUGAUGAACUUGUUUUAUUCCUCUGAACUGGUUUUGUCUGAUCACACAGACUUCAUCAGAGAGUAUACUUUUUUCAAGAGUAAAUUAAAACAUCGGAAACCCUUUUUUUGUCUAGUGGCACUUCUCAGUUUAGGAUCAUGUGAGGAAAUGACUUCCACCUUUGCCCAGUUAUUUAAAAAUUGUAUGGUGUUUCACUCUGAAUAGAGAUUUACCCAGGAGAAAGUGCCAUGUCCAUUCUUUGAGCAACUGGGCUUCAUUUUUGAAUGUCACACAUUGAAGUUCUAGUAUAGUGUGACACAACGCAGGGCCCCAAAAAAUCCUGUCUGGUAGCUCGGGAUAAGCAGAUUUUCUAACUGGGCAAGUAACAAAAGUCCAGCCAGGUCAUCUUACAACAAAAUCAUUAACUAAGACGAGUAAGAGGUGGCCAAGCAAUUUGUACAAUCUGCUUGCCUAGAAGACAAGCUGGAAUCAGUUUUUUUCCCAAGCCUUUCAAUGCCUUGGUAACCUCGAUGGACAGUGGAAGUGGUAGCAGUUCUUUGCCUUUACCCCUAAUGUUUACUCCAUUUGACUUAACUUAAUACAAGCUUGCUUUUAUGAACUAGGUACAGAUGUUACUGAACAGUAUGCCGUUCACAGCCAAGAGGACUCACAUGUCAGUGUGACAGCUGUCGGAAGUGAGGUCCUUUACAUGUCUGCACCGGCUUUAUUCCUGGGAAAUGUUCGUAGCAGUUAUGGCCAGCUUUUUGGUUUCUCGUUCCGUGUUGCGUCCACUCAGGGAGUACAAGUUGCACCUGGUGAUAUCAUUCUAGAGGGUCAAGAUGGUCUGAAAGUCUCUGCAAGACUCAGUGCACAGGGCAACCCUGUUCCCACAACCUCUUUCCAAAGCUAUGUCUUUAGGCUUCACGAGGAUCCAUCUUUGGGAUGGGAACCCAUGCUUAGAGGAUUUGAUUUUCAAAAACUUCUCUCAAACCUGAAGGCCAUCAAAAUACGCAUGAACUUUGCACCCCAGGGGACUGGAUUGAUUGACAGUGUAUUUCUUGAGUCAGCAAUUUACGAUCCUACGUCACCUCUAAGUGUUCCUUGGGUUGAAGAGUGCAGCUGCCCAGCACCUUACACUGGUAAUCAUUGUGAACAAUGCAGUGACGGUUAUACAAGACAGAAAGGUGCUCCAGAUAAAUAUGGCCAGUAAGUUGAACGGAAAAAAAUACUUUUUGUUUAAGAGUAACUACAUGUCCAUUUUUCUCAACUCAUUCACUUUUAACAGCAUACAGCCUCGUCAAAACCAAAAGCCAAGGAAGAUCCCAAAAUGUCACAUGAUAAGAUGAUACUAAAACACACUACAAAAACGCAACAAACCCUUUAACUUUGACCAGGAAAUGAUAUUAGGCACAUGUAGUUCCUUCAAGAUAAUUUUGGGAUCCUCUGAUUUUCUCGUGAGUGAAAACAUUUCCCACAGAUGUAAAGCAAAAAUUAAGCAUGUAAAGAAAAUGCUGCAAAACAAGAAAAAGAAUCCUUCCCUGUCCACUUUAUAACCUCCUGCACAUUAAGCAUCAGGAACAGAAGCCAACAUAGUGGUUUUGAUACGCACCUACAAGUGUAGAUGUUGCCUUGUCAAGUUUGAAAGCACAGGCAACCACAAAUACUUUCCCUUCCCCAAAAACAAUGUUGAGAUCCGGCUGGAUCAUUUCUACCCCCGACUGAACAACGUUGACCAGGUGGGGCAAGGAUAGGGGUCAAAGCGGUACCAAAUCCGCGGUAUAGGCGUUCUGUUGCUAAGAAAGUGCAAAAUUUUAACACUUUUUGUCUAAGACUGUAGAUCAGCAUAGUGCUAUCUGCUGGUUUCUAAAUUUACUUUAACUGAUUUAAAAUAAAUAAUCGUGAAAAAUAAUGAAGAAGAAGAAGAAGACCAUUUAUCCUGCCAUUCAUUCUCAGUAUGAUUGCCUUUCUUGUUAAGUGGUGGUUUUCGGUUUCAAUUCUAUAGGUGUAUUCCGUGUCAGUGUUAUGGACAUUCUGACACUUGUGAUCCUGUGACCGGCAAGUGCGUCUGCCAAGACAACACCACAGGCGAUAACUGUGAAAGAUGCAUAGAUGGCUUCUAUGGAAACCCUACGGAGGGUACUAAAGAUGACUGUAAGCCUUGCCCAUGCCACUUUGCAUCACGCUGUAUUCUGAUUGGUGAGAAGGUUGUUUGUACCGACUGCCCCGAAGGUCAUGUUGGUGAUCUGUGCGAAGAGUGUGACGAUGGUUACCAUGGUGACCCAACAGGGCUGCUUGGAGAUCCGACCACCUGUCAGAAAUGUAACUGCAGUGGUAAUAUAGAUGUAAAUGCGAUAGGGAACUGUAAUCCACUUACUGGGGAUUGUUUAAAGUGCAUUUAUAACACCAGGAAUGGACCACUGGAAAGAUGUGAACUGUGUGCAGUUGGAUUCUAUGGAAAUGCUACUCACUAUCCUAAACCACAGUGUGUUGGUAUGUGAAUUGAUAUACAGUAGUAGAAGAAGCUUUCACCAUUUUGAUGUACGUAUAUCAACUAACAGUUUCUUGUGUAAAUGGUCACACCAUAAGAUUUCAUCGAUAAACUCACAUCUAUAAAAAGCUACAAAUUCUGCUCUAAAGUUGACUUAAACAACAAAAAAGCUUCUUGAUAGACGAUGGUUAGGACUAUUUUAUUUUCGGAUAGCCGUGAACUCUUCCGCCAUUUUCUUGAAUUCACUCCUUCUAAAGAGCUAGGCUGCCACGCAGCUACUUGGAAAAGAGGCUGCGAUCGCAUCUUCCAAAUUUGUUCUCUUGUUAUGGGGGAUUAAAGCAAUCAGAAACAGUGAAAUCUGUAGAUUGAUUAAUAACAGAGGUUAUUUAUCAAUUACAGAAAGUUUCUGAAAACCCCGGUUGGAAGGAAAAUGGAACACGACUUUUUGGGUCGUUUCAGCGGAAAAUUUCCGGGAGAGAACAAGCUAGUGCGGUUAAUUUCCCAAACGGAAAUUCGUGUUCCAUUUCUUCAAAGCCAUCUUUGUUACCCGUUUUUAUGUUUCAGGGCUUCGCAGCCGUUUUUAAGUAAAAGGAAUUGAUUUGUACCAAUGGUAAACGCGAUUCCGGGGCGAAAAUAAACAAAUUUUUAUAGGGAAAACUCCGCCACAAGGUCCAACCCCUUAGCUUUUUAUAUACCAUUUUUCACGGAAAAGGUCGUAUACCCUCUAUUGACAAAUGGUACCCCUUUCACAUACCUUGUUUAGAACUUUGCUUCCCUUUUAUUGCUGUAAAUGCACUAAGGCCUUAAAGUUCAUCUGUUAGCCUUUUGAGGCCUUUCACAGACCCAAAUGACAGAUUUCCCUACCCUUUUGUUUAGCCUGAAAAAGAUACCCCUUUCGGGCGGAGCCUCCCCGUAUAGGCCAUCAUAGGGAGUACCCCCCGGGGGAGGUGUUUAGUUACCAUUUACCCAAACCGUCAACCACCUCAUUGUGUUUGUGUGUGUGUGGUUUUUUUUUUGUAGCAUGUGACUGCUACAGUCAAGGUACAGUGGUGCCUCCUGGUCAUAAUCCAGCCGAUCCACUUCCAUGUGAUGACGAAGGCAAGUGUAGUUGUUUGAGAAAUGUUAUCGGAGAAAAAUGUGACAGCUGUAGAGACACCUACUGGAAUGUUGGCUCCGGGUUUGGCUGCGAGGAAUGCAUGUGCGACCCUACUGGCUCAUUAAACAACAGCUGUGAUGUCACAACUGGCCAGUGUCCGUGUAAGCCUGGAGUAACCGGAAGGACGUGCGAUCAAUGUCAGGCUGAUCAUUACAGCUUUUCUUCCCAAGGAUGUUUAUGUGAGUUUCUUCUCCUUUUUCCCAGGGUGUGAAAGGUAUUCUCGGAAUCCGGUAUUUGAUUUGACUUGAUUCAGCAAACUCCAAAUUUCUUGACGGGAUGCGGGAUACGGGAUUUGGCGGCUAUUCGGGAGGCGGAUUUUGCCAAAAUCGUGGUACGGGAUGCGGUAUUGGGAAAGAAAACGGUGUUCGGGAUAGAGCUAUCAGAAAUUCGGCAUGCGGGAUUGUAGUGAAAAAGGACCGGGAUUGACGAAAUUUUGUGUUGUGCGGAAACUAAUCUUCGCGAUUAGGACAGACUGUUUUAUUCUUGCCAGGCAUUUUUUUUUUCUUUUUGCGAUUUCCAGAAAGUCGUGUUCAAGUCGGUUGAAAACAUUUUUAACGUUUUAAAGAAACAGAGAAUAUUUUUAACAGUUUUGUUGAGUGAAUUUUGUUACAGAACACCGUGCAGUGGGGUAAAUUUUUGCGGAAAUUCUUUUGUGCGUGAACAUUUAUUGCGGAUGGUGGAAAAAAUACGCAAAAAUUAGAACCCUAAAAAAUUAGAGCCCGCAAAAAAUUAGUAAAACUCAGUAAUUCAAAUUCCAACUUUAUAUUGAAAGUAUCACAAUUUCCUAGGGUUUCCUAUGGUGUAAAUGCGCAAUUCACGGAGAUGUUAAAUACAGUUGUACACAGACUACACGUAUGUAACUGAAGGUCUAAUAUUUUUGCUGCUUGUCUUUCCCUUUUAGCCUGCGAUUGUAAUCCACAAGGUUCUCUUAAUGAGAGCUGUAAUGAGUUUGGCGUGUGUAAUUGCAAACCCGGUGUCUUGGGGAUCAAGUGUGAUUCGUGCAUGGAAAACAAGCACAAUUUGUCCGUGGGUUGUGUGAGUAAGUUAUUACCAUGUACCGGUUAGCUGACAGCUCACUGAUGAAAGAUUGUUUUGAACACUUUGUUAGCGCGGUAAAUACUUAUUGUCUAGGAAGAGCAAAACGAUUCUGUACUGUACUAUCUUGUCCUACAAAUGACUUGACCUUCGCUUGCCUUGGAUGUCAUUACCGCGUAGAAAUGAGGGCUCGUGCUAAAUUUGCUAACACAUGGAAUAAAGGAGUUUUUUCUUGCUCGCAGUAAUCCCUUUCUCACGGAACACGCUUUUUACGCGCACGCCUAAGAUUGGUACAUUUGACAUGAGUUACAGUGUUGCGACUUUGUCCUUGGUAGAAAAUAUUACUGGCAAUUAAUGACUCAUAAUUAUAAUCUGCGCUUAUCAAAAGGAAGGGCAGAUUUCAAAACACAGUGUUGUGCUGAGAGCUGGCGUGAUGGACGCUCGGAAGAGAAGGGAAAAGGAUAACCACUCGAGUACUUGAAGGGCGUGCGCGCGAGGGAGGAGCUAGAAGACAGCCGCAGCAGAACCAUUGCUUGGUGAUCUGCUCUUCUUUCUCGUGCGCUCUUCGCGUAAUCGCGAGGUUGAUUUUUAUCUUUUCCCCCGCAUUCGAGCGUUUUGCGGAGACCAAAUGUUGUUACUUUUGCGUUCUGUUGCAAAUUUUCUUUUAAUCUCGUGCAGGCAGUCUGUUCGCUUUAAUUAUGAUGGCGUUACAAAAGACUUUUUGAACCAAUCCACAAACCUUACAGAAAAUUACAACUGUUUAUUGAUUCCUUUAAUGUUUUUAUCUCUCCCAUAGCAUGUCCUCCGUGUUACAACGAUAUCAAAACACUGGUGACCCGCAUGCGUAUAAACAUCCGUAAACUCGUCAGGUUUAUCCAGCACUUCAACUUGAAUUCCACCGGCGCACUAGUAGUGGACCUAGACUUUGAAACGCGGCUAAGGGAAUUAACAUCGGCAGUCAACAGCCUUUUGGACAAAGCAGAAACGUCCAAUUUAACAGACCGCCAUCUGCAACAGCAACUAGAGAUAUUAGACAGGCGAGUGGGUGCAAUAACCGAGGUGUUAUCUGAUGUGAAAAACGGCACUGACUUGACCGAAGCUGUUAUGGUCAGUGCAACUGGAAACAUUUUCGAAGCCGAGGAAUCGAUCAAUCGUUCUCGAACACUUCUUGACGAGGCCGAGAAGCUGUUAGUUGAGGAGGGAGUUGCCGCACUUAAUGAGUCCAUACACGCUGCGAACAGGUCAAGUGAACAUGCUUCAAGAAUGGUGGAAAUACUGAAUGAGGUACUUUUGAAGUUACCUUUUAUUUUUUCGCAGAACAAGGCUCAAAAUAACGAGCUGUCAGAGGACAAUGUCCAGCCAAAAUGGCGUCUUGACCGGCCAAAAAUUUUACUCGCCGAUCUUGAUGACAGGUCACGUACACCUUUAUUCUUGAACAAACAGCCAAAUCCUCAACUGUAAAUCUUAGAUUUUGUCUCUUUGUAAAAAUACAAUCACGUUCACGGAUAGAAAAUAACACAAGGAUUAGUCAGUAUUUUAUUUCAAAUAUUUUGACUGGUCAGCAUGUAUGAUUGCUAUGACUGCUUAUCUGAUGUAGUCUUGACAAACAGAUCCUAUCUCACCUGCGGAAGGUGGAAGUUUUCAAUGAUAAAAUGAGCAUAAAUAAUUGGCCCAUUACGCGGGAAAUGAGAAACUCCGUCGCGUCAAACCUUCGCGCUAUUGGCAUAAUGCAUCGCGGACCUCGCUUAGAAUUGCUCUGUUUAUGCCAGCCAGCCUCCUCGCCAGUGGAAGUGACUUUGAAUUUUCGGCCUUCUCACCGUACCUCUCCAGUUGUAGCGUUUGACGUCGCAUACCCUCAAUAAUUGUCAUGGGUAUUGUCCUGGCAGUCGCGGUUUCCUUCCAUAACUUUGUUCCCCUAGACGGGAUAAUAAAUAUGCAGUGCGAAUAUUAUACUGUGAUCAGUGUACUAUCAAUCCGAAGAGAUUGUCCGUUUGCCGUCAGUUCGUUUUAGUCUAAGACACCAUUAGCACCAAUACUGAGAGAAGAAAACGGCUUAAAAACAACAGGGACAAACUCUGGGUGUCUGUUCUAUGAAGGGCCAUUAAGAUUUAGAGUUAACUGUGUCCAUAUGAAUUUUUAUUGAUCUCUCUAGACAAGUGCCCUGGCGGACAAACACGAAAAAGACGCCAACUUUAUCUCCGAAAAGGCAAGCGAAACUCUGAACAAGUCCACAGAAGCUUUGAGUUCCACACAGAAGGCAGUAAAUGAACAGCAAAAGACAAGUGAUGGUAUAGAAGAGUUGCUUAAAAAACUGAACAGAACCAUCGCAUUGUAUGAACAGGCAGCAAAUGCUACUAAAAAGUCAAGUGAUGAUUCCCAGAGUGCAUUGGAUGAAGCAAAUGAACUUUACAAGAAUGGAACUGUUCCUAUUCCAGACCUCGGAUUGCUGGAAAUGCAAGGUGAUGCGAUGGUCAUUUAAAAUGUCGGGUGCUGUAAAGAAACAAAAGUGUAGUGAAAUCAGAUACGGACAAAUAUUUAUGACUGCCAUGUAAGGGAAAUUCUUUAUAGAGGUUGGCAACCGGAGUAUUUUCAAACAUGAGUGACUUAUAAACGUUAAGUCUAGUCGCUUCUAAUAGGGACCGAUUAAUGUAAAUUACAUGAAAACUUAGACGUGUUAAACCUUAUUUCAUUUCCUUUUUCAUGUAGCAAACUUGGCCUUUAUUCUCUCUUGUGCGGUUUUCUUCUUUAUUUAAAAAAAAAGCUGCCUGGCGUUACUUUUGUUGAAUUCUACAGUAAAACUAAACGUACAUGUUAUUACUUUUUAGCAAAACUUAACACAUCAAAAGAAGCAGUCUCCUACGCAUCCGAGAAUGCUCAGCAGAUUGUCGAUGCGCUGGAAGCUUUAGUCCAGAGCUUCAACAGAAAAGAAGAUGAAGUGAGGAGAAAAAUGGCUGAAUGGCCAGGCCUGAUUAGAAGACUCGAGGACCUGUUGACGAAUGCUACCAGUGCUAAUAGAACUGCGCAUGACGCUAUCGCGCGAGGAGAGGACACGUUAAAAAAGGCCAAAGAUAUGUUGGACAGGCUUAGGGUAACAAUCGUGUUUUUUGCUCUUUAAGGCUUCUUCUAUGUAAGGCAGUAAUUUAAUAUUAGAGGCAAAGAUUGGUAUAUAGAGGAUAUUACAUGGACGUGCGGAGAUACGAAAUUUCUCUUCGAGUGUUGAAAUAUUUUCAACACGAGAAGAGAAAUUUCGUAUCUCCAAGCGGCCUUGUAAUGUUCUAUUUAUUAUCUUAACACCAAUGAAGUACAAAACAAUUUUAGUUAAACAUUUUUUUUUCCUGCGAAAGGCGCGAUUUGUUAUGUAGCCAUAGCAACGGUGAUCUUUUCACAUGUGAAGAUAACAUGUUAUUUUCACUUGUGAAGAUAUCAUGUUUUCGCGCGAAAACUCACCUGGUAUUUCAUUGGUGUUUGGUGAUACUUAGCGGUCUUCUGCGGGAGAGGUCUCGAGUCCGAGUGUGAGUUGAGAUAUCAACUCCUCUUUUCUUCUUCUUUCUUUUCCGUGUAAUUUAAGUAGCUUGAAAUACCCAUAAAAUGAGCGCACCGUCGGCGUCAUGUUUGUUAGUCAGAUGACUAUUUUGAGCUACCGACGUAAAAUAAGGAAGUUUUAUCUUUACCUUGUAAAAUAUGAAAAAAUGAGAAUAUCGCUAUCGCAUGUGAACGAAAGUAGUUGUGCACUCAAGAUUAUGCGGCUAUAAUAUUACUAUCAACUAACGGUAUACAUAACCAAGUAUGCCCCUGACUGAUCUCUAAAUCUAGGUUUCUGUGCUUCAUAUUAAACUUAUCUGUCUUUAGAGAGUGGAUACGGAACGAAAUUAAAUGUCAAAUAAAUGUCGCAAAAUAAACAACAAAUCCGAUUAUUCGCUCACGUAUUUAAAUGAAUUUAUGACCACUAAAUUGGAGGGGUAUUUGUAAGGUGAUGUGUAGAAGACUUGACUGAUUUUUACGCAUCUGCGGAAGUCAAAGAUUUUUCAUACCACUUAUACCCCCACCCCGGUUUAUUAGCUUCUUUAAACAUCAGACUGUGAUCUGUAUGCCUGCAUGGGUUUUCCCUUUGUUCUUCUUUCACUUUUUUUUUCAUUUUUUUUCUCCCUGUCCUUCUAACUGAACCUUAAUAUUUCUUGGAUCUUAUUUUCCAGAAAUUUAACGAGAUCAUCGACAGUUCCAGAGCCGAAGCAGAACGCGCUGAGGCGAAUAUACAAGAGAUUGAACGGCUUAUUAACUCAGCAAACAACAAAUCGGAUGAAGCUAAUGGUCACCUGAGUGAUGCUCAAGAUCGAGCUGAUGAUGCGCAGUCCAACGCUGAACUGGCUUAUGACACGGCUAAUAGAACUCAGCAGGUAAGCUUGUCCACGACCGGCUGAUAAUAGACCUUGUCACUGUUUUGGAUGCCAUCAAUCUUGACGAGUAGGUAACCGCGUGAGAAAUUACAGUGUUUGUAUGAGAAUCCAAUAUCGAAUAAUUUCCGUAAAACGGCUGUUCUGAAAAAAAUAUGAAUUGUAAACUAGAGCUACACAACAAAGGAUUUUACUAACAAAUUUUGGGGACCGUAAACUAAUUGUGCCUAAAUUUCUCCAGACUCUUGCUUUAGAUUUUCCAUAUAUUUGUCUGCAAUUUUUCCCGGCAAAUUUUAGUCGGCAGGAAGAGAAAUCUUUACAGACAAUGUAUGGAUAAUUUUAAAAAGUGGUUCUAGCACAUGUAGCUGCAUGUAACGCCCUGAAAUUUUUUCGGUAUUGUCGUUAGGAGUGAAGCUGUAGUUUACAAUUCAACUUUUUUAAAGAACAGCCGUUUUACGGAAAUUAUUUGACAUUGAAUUCUCAUACAAACUCUGUAAUUUCUCACACGGUUGGCUACUCGUCAAGAUGGCUUCCAAAACCGUGACAAGGUUCAGGUGCCACCCUGACCUCUUGCUGAAUUUUAGUGUUUUCUGUAUCCUCGGUUGUGACUUUCAUCCCUAGGGAUGAAAAACGAGCUCCCCUAGAAACGCCUGCGUGGGAGGCUAGUUCGCCUCUUACCAGCCGGGAUUCUUAACCAUGGUAUGUUCCACUGAAUAAUUUAUUUCAUUUUCCCUGUAGAGCCCCGGUUAUAAGGGGAGAGGAUAAUCAAGUUUUUAUUAUUCUUAUUAUCAUUUAUUUUUAAACAGAAAGCUGAAAUGAUCAAAAACGAAACUUUAGAACUUGAGAUCCCUCAAGACAACGUGACGGAGCCGGUGUCAAAAGCAAAUGAUAAGUUAACAAAGUAUAAGAACAGUGCCAAAGAACAAAGCCAGAGCAUCGCGUCCGCUCUAAAUACGACCAAGGUGGCCGGUUCCGCAGCUAAGAAAGCGCGAGAUAAAAUUAAAGAGGUUCUUGACAAGCUGUUGGCGCUCCUGAAAGAGGUUGACAAUGUGGGAACAGUGAAUACCACCAGGCUUGAUGAACUGGAAAAUCAGCUCUUCAACAGAACGAAAACGAUCAACGAAGUCGACAAAGAAGUGGGGUCAGUGGAGAAAACACGAGUAGUGAUAAGGGAAAAGAUUAAAGAGUACACUAUCGAUCUAGAGAAACUACGAGCCGCUAAAAACGUAUUGGAGGAGAGGUACGCCCAGCUUCCAAAGGUGUGCCCACGAGUCACCCCUACUACUGAACAGCGGAGAUUUCUUUAGGCUUCAUGUGCUCAGGUUUCAUGUAUUUAGCCCUGAAAUCUGACCUUUCAGUAGUAACAGGCGUUUCAGGGGCUAAACAGAAAGGUCCGCUAUCGUGUAAUUUCUAUACAUUUAACGCAUUUCAGAUUGGUUUUACUGCUUAAAGACUCUGUACUGCAAAUAUGAUGCUGCAAACAGUUGUCACUUGCAAUGCCAUGCAAUAUUUAGCGAAUAAACGCCAGUUUGUCCAAGACACGGACGUUUGGCAAACAAAACGACGCUUCAAAGACAACGGUAAAAUUUGACAAUAAUCUUCAAGGCAAUGACCUUCACCCUCACCCUUUGCAUUCACCAACAGGCCGAGAAAGGGUACAUUUAUUCUAAAACCCUCGAAUUCUUCAAUGCCGUCGAGGGCCGUCGAGGAAUUAUUAAAGAGCUUUAGAUUUGAGGACGAGAUAGAGUACGAGUAGGAGAUUUAACUUAAAGUUUUUGCUUUUUUUUUUGUUCUCCAAGAAAAGCCACCCCGGGAAGCUUCAUUUUACUUUUUUUCACCAAAAAAGUUAGUACGGUUAUUUAUACUGAAGGAGGUUUAAGCCCUCUCCUGAUAGAAAAAUGAUAAAAAGGUCUUACAUUUGAUAACUUGUUCCCGCCACUACGACAUGCUCGCUGACACUCGUAGUAGAAUGAUGAUGGCUAUCACUUUUUCUCGCCAAAAUGACGCUGGUGCACGUGAGCAAUACUCAGUAUUGAGAGAAUCUCCUACUCGUAGUCGUGCUCGUCCUGGGAAUUCAGUAAUAUUUUGUGGGUUGAGUAUGUCAUUGCAUUUGAAGAGAGUUUUCAACAAAUCCCACCGUUAGCCUCUUUGAUUAAAUAUUUAGCAUUGUUAUUAUAUUAUUAAAAUUAAGAUCACGUAUCCCAUAUUUAUUUAAAACGGAUUUUUUUUUUUGCGGAUUAGACUUCAGUCCACACGUAUCCGAUAAAAAUUGUCGUCUAAAACGGCAUAUGUCAAACGUUGUUUUCCCGUAGUUGUGGAUCGAUGAAAACGGAAAUUUUAAAAAUCGGCUACGUCAGGAGCCGAUCAAAUUUGAUGGGCUCCUGGCUACGUAACACAAGGACUUAAAUUGCCUGGCGAAGCAACAUGGCCCAGCAAACAUUGAUUUGUAUAGGCUGCCAAUACAACCGUGUCUCCACGCUCCUCGCCGCAAGAGAUGUCUGCGAUUCGGCUAGCCUGCGUAGCAAGCGUUUCUGUUUGGUUUCGGAGCAAAGAAAGACUUCGGUUUUGGCCGCGCGAGAAAUGAAACGAGAGCCAAAAAAUGAAAGAGGGGGGAGGGGAGGGGAAGGAGGAAGAGAGGUCUCCUUUCCUCCCCAUCUCCUCCCCGAUCUUUUUCUUGCGCCACUUUUCGCUCGGUCUUUUACUCUCGUUCCUCGUUCUUUGCUCGUAAACCGCACGGAAACGCUUGCUAUGCAGGCUACGAUUCGGCCCCAAAAAUUCCAUUCUGUUGACGUACAUUUGUUCGGAAUCUGGUCAACGAGCGCUGAUUGGUCGACGCACGAAACGUUCCUGGCGACGAAGUGCGAGGACAGACGGCUGUAUUCGCUGGCUAUGAUUUGUAAGGGAGAAUUUCAGAUUUAUUCAAGGCCAAUCCGUGUAAACUGCAACGCGUACGUGUGGACGGGCGAAAAUGACUCAAAAACGAUACGAUACGUGUGGACACGAUUUUUUUUGGAAACAACAAGCGGGAAAAAUUCCCUUAUGCAAUUAAAAAACGGGAUAUUUGUAAACGGGCCUGAGACUUUAUAAUACAAAAAGAUGUUAAACGUUUACUGUAUAUUAUGGAGAAACGCUGCUUGAAAGCAAACCACUCAUUAUCAGUGCUUAAAUUUGUAAUACUAUUCACAGUACCUUGAGAAGAAUUCAAUAUUACUUGCAAACAUUUUGAAAUUUUUUUGUACGAUAGUCGGCUUAUUUUGAUCCUUUUUAUAUACUUUUUUUGCCUACCAUAUUUAUUGGCUUACAUUAAGCAGUUUUGUAUGAGGAUCUUAAAACUUACAGGAUGGAGGUUACACAGGAACCGCUUUGUUUGAGUUAUUUUUGGAAGUAUGUAUGUUAAAUAAUAAUUGAGAUACUCUUAGGCCUUUAUUAAAUCGUUAAGACUUCCCGCAACUAAGGCUCAAUGAAGAAGACAUCAUUUUCAUUUGGAACGACCCUUUCUCGGAGAGUUCAAGGUUGGCGUGACACUGGUUGGUUUGUUUGUUUCUAAAAACAAAGCAAGUAGACAGAAGUCGUUACGUCAAGUUGCCAUGGUAGC